CAAUGUUUACUAUGUACAUUUUAGCUACCCACCUCCGCUCACCUACUUUGGUACAUAGUCGGUACCUAACUUAGGUAGGUAGACGAACAACGGUACCUUGGCGAGGACUGGGGUUCAGUCACAGCUUCACUGAUGUUAUCACCUAACCCGACUUUUCUAUCCCUCUCCUCCCACAACCCGGUUGCUUUCUUUUUGUUGAGAUAUCGCCACUAUUUUGUUUCAGAUAACAUCUCCAGCGACAUUCAGUUCCACUUCUUUCCUAUGUUCAGCUACUGUACGACAAACUGAUGUAUCAUUUCCCCGCUCUGCAACCGUAGCAACCUGCUGUAGAAACCACCCCACCUAAACUCGCACCUCGCCCGCGCUCUGCACACAUUGUCUAUUGUGCUUGUCGAAUGAUUGUCCACGGCUUUGGUUUGUCUCAGGGCUUGUGCAUGAGACAGCUUCAGGGUGGUCAAAUUGGGGUCCUCGACCUUUUCCCGAGUCAGGUCUGCCGACUGUCUGGAUGUUGCAUCUCGAACAGUCGGUAACACCAACCAGCCUUGAGGCACUCUUUUCCCAAUGGAUGCCGAGCUCGACUCACAGGCCACGCAACAAGCCACUCAGAAUGCUUUCGACCCUCGAAGAAUCGGCCAGCAGAAUUCUGGCUUCUCCGACCAAGAUAUUUCUGAUAUAAUAUGCUUGUUAUACCCUAUCUCAGAGGCAGCCAGCCGCGAGGUCCAGAUCAUCGCCUCAACCCCCGAGUACGCCUGUCAUACGACUGAAAGAUACACCGCCGAUGCCAUCGAGUCGAACCUACACCAUGAAGACGAUGCUCAUGGAUUUGGUGGUACCCGCGGCAUGGGGGAUCAUGCUCUUGUAUUGCGACUGUCUUCAAAUCUCAAGGAUCCUCGUCUAGGCUUCACUUUUGGCCGAAACCGGGCUCGCUGUGACAUAUGCUUUGCUCAUGACCACGCCAGGAGAUUGAGUAACAUACACUGUCGUAUCUAUGUUAACUAUCACGGGAGCGUACUGCUCGAGGAUCAGUCCACAAAUGGAACUGUGGUUGACGGGAAGCUUCUCCGAAAGAGGCCCGAGCCACAUUCCGUUGAACCUCUUUCCAUACGGCGCACUCUCGAAAGCGGCUCAGUCAUAAAGAUUGUCAUGACUGAAAAUAGAUACGAUCUCAACUUUUUGGUCCGGAUACCCCGUCGAGAUGGAGACUACGAAGACGCCUAUAUGAGGAACGUAGUAUCAUAUAUGAUCAGGCUCAACGGUGGUGUUGAAGAUGACGAAGAUGACAUGAAUAAAACCAUUGGCCCUGGGCCAGGGGGUCAUGUGAACCUAUUCGCCCAUACUAAGAAAAUCGCACACGCCGAUCACCGUGUGGGCUUCUCCCGGACUUCGAACCGUCCUCGCGAGUGGCGCGGGGAUAACAAGUACGCCCGAGUUGGCGUCAUCGGGAAAGGAGCCUUUGCAGUGGUCCAUCAAGUUACGAGUCGAGAAGACGGUUCCCCUUAUGCAGCAAAAGAGCUUGAUAAGCGGAAAUUUAUGAAGAAUGGUGUUUUAGAUCAGAAGGUGGAAAACGAGAUGAAAAUCAUGCAGAGAGUAAAACAUCCCAAUAUUGUUCAAUAUAUUGAACAUUUUGAUUGGGAACCGCAUCAGUUCUUUAUUAUCAUGGAGUAUGUUCCCGGUGGUGAUUUAGGAAAACUCGUGCAGGAUUCGGGGGCGAUUACAGAGAUAUAUGUCGGCAUCAUAGCUAGACAGCUGGUCGAUGCCCUUGGAUACCUACAUGACAAUAGGAUCACUCACCGCGAUGUUAAGCCGGACAACAUUCUUAUCCAAAGCACCAAUCCUCUCGUCGUCAAGCUCACAGAUUUUGGAUUAUCGAAAAUGAUAGAUACCGAGCAGACAUUCCUCAAGACAUUUUGUGGAACGCUACUGUACUGCGCCCCCGAGGUAUACACAGAGUACUCCUCCUACGACGACUAUGGCAACCGGACGAAUAGGAAGAAUCUCCGGCCUACCAGCGGAGAGAGAUACGACCAUGCGGUCGACAUAUGGUCUCUCGGCGGAGUUUUGUUCUACACGCUAACCGGCAGUCCACCAUUCCCUGUGAAAAAUGGAACAACGUAUACAGAAUUGCUUGACCAUAUUAUUAAAACACCUCUGAAUAAGGCACCACUGAACAAAGCGAAGGUUUCACAUAGCGGUGUUCAUUUCCUGUCCCGUAUGAUUCAUGUACGACCGGAGACUAGAGCCACCAUUGCCGAGCUCAAGGGUCAUCCUUGGUUGACCGACGCCAACACACUCCCCAGCAAGGAGUUCGACGAAGAUCUAGGCCGUUCAGCCUCUCAAUUAAGUCUUGAUGACAAAACACCGCCUACCAUUAUGAGUCCGAGCGAAAGCUCUUUUGGAGAACCUGAACCUGACUUCUCUAUGGACUUCGAACAGGAGAAGGAAAAUCACCUUAUUGGUCAGGCUCACGUUCCAAGGUUAUUUGGGGAGAUUUCGGCUAUAGGCAGCUCAGGCGUGAUACCCGAAGAUCGCUUGAAUCUUUCAGUGUCCAAUAUGGACUUUGGUGAAUCCCAAGUUCGUGACAAUUUUGAAGAGUCGAGCUGUGGUGAAACCGAAGUCCCUGGCGAUGAGGUCCGUGAUAGCUUUGAAGAAUCCGAUAACUUCGAGACUCCACGGGAGAAUUUUUUCCAGAAUCAAAAUAAUUCGUCGGUCGGAGAUGGCCCUUCGCAGCCAGAUAACUCUCGCAGUGCCCUCCUUGGCUUUAGCUCCCAAAGUUUAGGUGGUGCAUCUUCUAUCAUUAAAAACUUGAAUGUGAAGUCUGUCGCCGCUGCCGAUUCAGAUUUAACAUCUUCACGGAUCAGCAAUCUCGCUGCGAGCAAGAGAAAGCCAAACUAUGACACGAGUGAUGAAUACGACGACCCAAACGCACUCAGAUACUCCUUAAAAAGGUUGAAAUCGGAAGCUAAUAUAGACCAUCUAAAGGACGAAGAUAUUUUGUUCGCCUGUAUUCCCCCGAUCUCUGAUGGCGAUAAGGGCCGCCAAAUUGAUUUCCCUUGUCCCAAGGAGGCAUAUUGGGGCAAAGACGAAAACACAUGGCAUCUAAACUAUCCGGAAAUGACAAAUCUCCAAUACCACGCUUUCCAAGCUGCUGCUACAAACAGAAAGGAAGAGUUUGCGCAAAAUAAAUCGCCUCUCUGGGAACUCGCCAUGAAAUACUUUCCUCCAACUUAUAGUUAUAAACCAGAAUCCGCUGGUUCACGCACUUUACAGCCAGAAUCAGCUGGGGAAUCGGUUGGUUGGAGUAUGCCGCAACCGGCCCCAACUGAUACUCUUGAUCACCAAUUCGACUCCCAGUUAGCUAUUCCCGCAUAUGAUGAAAAUAUUCCAAAUACGCCGCCAACUUUAUUAACGGCCCAUCAACCCAGGCCAGAAGUGGGGUCAUUCAAGUCUAGUCCGGGUUCUUUGGUGUCGAAUGUCUCCAUUCCUCUCCGAGAUCCCAUCUUAUCGUGGGGUCGCGGAAUGACCAACACGGUCGUCUAUAAUCGAAUUACGGAAUCUCGAGUACCGAAGAGUGCCUUCAAGGUUGCGUUAUGGAGAGAAGGCUAUAAGGCUUCAGAAAGUGACUUGCGACCGUGGGAACCAACACGGUCGACCUCAAGUACUACAAUGCGAGCGUCUCCGGAGCCAGAGUCAUUUGCAUUCUACAUUGCCACUAAAGCGACAAAUGGGAUUCGCAUCAAUGAUAUUCCACUUCACUCCCAUGAGCCCAAGAAUGCACAAGCCCCAUGCAAAUAUUGGAUGAAACUGUAUGAUGGGGACCGUAUCUCGUUCUGGGGCGGUGGUGAGAUAGGUGCUCAAGCAGGGCUCAUCUUUGAAUGUUCUUGGGGUGGCUCGUCGAGAAGACGGCCGGCUAAUGAACCACCAACGCGUGUAUCAUCGGCUGUAGCUGAUAAGCUCGACCGUCUGUGGCCAAGGGUCGAAAAAGUACUGGCGUCUUCUCGAGCUAAGGAAGACGCCCAAAUAGACCAUGAAAUCAGGAUGGGCAACUUACUGCGAGAGCAGGAGCGUAGUCGAAAUUUUGAACUAAGGCGUAUGGAGGCGAAACGUAGAUUAGAACACGCCUCCUGGGGCACGUCGCCCAACGACAGACUCGAACGUGCGCGAACCGAUCCGCUAGUCCAUCGGUUUGCACCACCAGGUCCUUCUCAAGAAGCUUCGUGAAGGCCGACUUCAUACCUCUCUGGUUAUAUAUCUAUAAAUUACCAUAUGGGCACCGACCAUUCCUCUGGGGCCUGUCAUGGCCCUGGCCGGAGCGGCGACGAAUAUUCAGCCAUUGACGAGAGUAUGACCCCAAUUGUUUGCUAGUUAUACAUCACCAUACGUUUGAUAUAGUUGGUAGACGCUUUCUUUUUGUUACAAAAUUUUCAAUGUGGAAUGAC